UGAUUUGAAACAGUCAACAUGGACUUUUCACGUCUACACACGUACACUCCUCCCCAUUGUCUGCCAGAGAACACUGGCUAUACAUAUGCACUCAGUUCAAGUUAUUCUUCAUCUGCUUUGGAUUUUGAGACUGAAAACAAAAUAGAUCCAGUAUAUGAUUCACCGAGAAUGUCACGGCGUAGUUUACGGUUAGCUGCUGCAGCAGUUAAUAAAUCAAAUGAUGCAGGAAAUGAUGGCCUUCGUGACAGCUCUUCUGGAAAUGUGUCCUUUAGAGAAGAGUCUUCUAGGACAGUGAGACAGCGCAGAACUAUCACUAAACAAUCUGGCGGUGAAAGAAACACACCAAGAAAAAAUCUGACCAGCUCUUCCAUCUUGAGCCAAAGCAGUUUCAAUAGCCGUGCCAGUGAUGCAUCAAUGGUAUCCACUGUCUUGGAUGAGUCUUUGAUUCAAGAGCAGACAGAAGUUGGUCAUUUCUGGGGUCUUGAUGAUGAAGGCGACCCUAAAGGUUUGCUAGGUAGUGGUACUACGCCGAUGCCAGGAAAUGGUGAGAUGGCAGCAGCAGGAUCACAGGCCAACAGGUUCAAUGGCUACACUUGCAGCGACUGUAGUGUGCUUUCUGAACAGAACGAUGUUCUUACAGCAUAUUCGGCUUCUCCUGUGCCACCUGCUAGAAUUUACUCUAGGGACAGGAGCCAGAGACAUGCAUCCACUCACUCAGACUACUGUGGAAGAAUGAAUGUAAAAGAAUUUUACAGAGAAGAUAGCCAUUUUGGUGGAAAUGAGGAAUCAAUAUGUGAUGACUGUAAGGGGAAGAAACAUCUUCAAAUACACACCACAGACCACAUGCAAUCCUCAUGGGCUAAAAGGGUAGCAAGGACCAUUUGGCACACCUUUUCUUAUGCAGGUUACUUUAUGCUUCACAUAUUGCGAACAGUUGGAGCAGCGGGAUGGCUUGUGUCUCAGAAGGUGUUGUCUCUACUUUGGCUGGCCAUUCUUUCUCCAGGGAGGGCAGCUUCUGGCAUAUCCAGGCUGCUUGAAUGGGGUGUAAUUUCUCUGAUGUCUGUGCUCAAGGCCCCUCUUCUAAGAAGGUGCCUUCUUCUGUUACUGUUGAUCAUACUCCCGCUUCUGCUCGGUAUAUGGUUCUGGGGCUUUGAUGGCUUAGUUUCAUUGUUACCUUCACUGAACUGGACAAUAAUUGAUACAACACAGAGAACAAACGGCUUUGUUCAUGUUCAUGAACAUCAGACUGAUUCUUUUCCAUCUGUGCAACCUCCAAAGGAUGCUGUAAACAUCUUUGAUACUGGUCGUAUAAGCAAGCUGGAAAAGCAAGUGGCCUUCCUCUCUGAGAGAUACCGACACCAUCAUGAAGAAUGUAGCAAACUGAUGCUUCUAGUCCGUAAUCUUCAAGAUCAGAUUAUCGAGAUGAGUGACAAAAGUGAAGCAUUGAAGCUAAUAGAAAAUGUGAUGGGACCUCUUCUUAAGGAUAUGAAAGAGAAGGGAAAAACUGACAUCCUGGCUUUACAUGAAGAAUAUGAGUUGCGCUUCGUGACGCUGGAAGACCUUCUUCGAAAACUCUCUAGUGAAUCUAAGGACAUCCAGAAGGAGCUUGACAUAACCAAAGGAAAAACAGUGAGAGAUUAUGAUGAACAUACUCAACUUUUGUCCAAAGUUGAAAAGCUAGAACUAGAGUUGUCUCAGAUGAAAUCAGAACUGUUAACUGGGGUAAGUGUCAAGAGGAGUUGUGAGAAAAUAGAUGUCAUUCAUCAAAAAGUGGGCGCCCAGGUCAGAGAAUACGUCAAACUGGUGGUUUUUGGUGAUCAACAAAAAGACUCUCCUGAAUCGCUUCACCAAUGGCUUACAUCCAAUUUUGUGACCAGAAGUGACUUACAGACUUUAUUGCGGGAUCUAGAGUUGCGGAUCCUCAAGGAUAUUACUCUCCAUACAUCUGUUACAAACCAAAAAAUAACUUCAGAGGUAGUAACAAAUGCUGUGACUAAUGCAGGCGUUUCUGGAAUCACAGAAGCGCAAGCACAGAUUAUUGUAAACAACGCACUGAAACUCUACUCUCAAGACAAGACUGGUAUGGUCGAUUUUGCCCUGGAAUCUGGAGGUGGCAGUGUACUGAGUACUCGCUGUUCUGAAACCUAUGAGACCAAAACAGCAUUAAUUAGCAUCUUUGGAAUUCCUCUGUGGUACUUCUCUCAGUCUCCCAGAGUGGUGAUUCAGCCGGACGUGUAUCCAGGAAACUGCUGGGCUUUCAAAGGAUCACAGGGGUAUCUUGUAAUUCGACUUUCAAUGAACAUCUAUCCAACUGCUUUUACAAUGGAACACAUACCAAAAACACUUUCACCAACCGGAACUAUCACAAGUGCUCCUAGGAAUUUUUCAGUAUAUGGUCUAGAUGAUGAAUCUCAAGCAGAAGGCAAGCUUUUAGGACAGUAUGUCUAUGAUCACGACGGAGAACCACUGCAGGUGUUUCCAGUGAUGGAGAAAAAUGAAAAAGCAUUCCAAAUAGUGGAACUGAGAAUUCUUUCUAACUGGGGACAUGCAGCCUAUACAUGCCUGUACCGGUUCAGAGUGCACGGGAAACCUGCCGAAUAA